AACAACAUUUAUUUGUUUCUCAGCAUCUCUUUCCCCUUCCUCCGAUCCUCUGGUCUCUCGUGUUUGUCCUCUCUCACGUCGCCACCCAUCUCGAUCUCUCUCUUAGCAGCCAGCUUCAUCCUAGCAGAGGACAUGUUGUGCUCCCAAGAAGUCAAGGAUAUCUGCAUCAAUUCGAUCUAGGACAGAGCUGAGGCUGCCUUGCUAGACAGUUAGAUACCUGUUUCCAUUAGCCUGGCGCAUGAAUUAGCUAGCUGGCCGCCUUCUGUCGCCUCUCCUUAUAACCUGAUCCAACCCUCGCCGAUCGAACAGCUCGGGUCGGUACGCAGCAGCAGCAGCUUUUCUCGUCUUUGUUGGGCCAUACAAAAGGAAGAAGGCCCCCAUGGCGACGGUGGUGACGACGACGACGUCGACGAGCAAGGUCGGGAGGAAGAGCCUGAUAUCAAGAACUCUGCAGCGGUGCAAGUCCGGGCUGGGCGCCGGCGGCUCCGUCCGGGCGUCGCCGGCGGGGUGCUUCUCGGUGUACGUUGGCCCCGAGCGGGAGCGCUUCGUGGUGCGCGUCGAGCGCGCCAACCACCCGCUUUUCCGGCGCCUCCUCGACGACGCCGAGCGCGAGUACGGCUACGCGGCGCAGGGCCCGCUCGCGCUGCCCGGUUGCGACGUCGACGCGUUCCUCGACGUGCUGUGGCAGGUGGAGCACGACGAGGCCGACGGUGGCGGCGGCCAGCAGUUCGACGCCGCCGCCUCGUCGCCGGUAUGUGGCUUGCAUAGCGGCAGCAAGGGCCGUGCGGCCGGGUAUCGGAUGCUGAUGAGCCCGAGGUCGUCGUCUCCGGUGGUCGGCAGGAGGAGGUGAGAUCGACGAGCCGAAAGAAAAAACAAAGAUAACAUCGAGCAUCCACUACUGGAUCGUACCAUUAACACAUGGGAUUAAUUACGAUGAUAAUCAUGAUUAAUUAGAGAGCUAGUGGUGCUGAAUUGAUCUCUACUGCUAUGUAUGAAUAAAGUCAUGCAUAGCAGAGUCAGUGGCUUUCUGCCUUUUUGGUCAGUCAGGUGGUUUUACCAAUUUUCAGUUAGGCUGGAGAGCUCACCAUGUGCACGUGUGCAGGUAAGAGCCCAUCCAACUGCAAAAUUUAGAUCAGUAUGUACAAGUUUGGUCAUCAUUAGUCUCAAGUGAUACACGUUUACUUUAGAUCAGUAGCUAGGUUUCUACAUAGAUAGAAUCGAAUUCAACUCUGUGUAUCUGCAUCAUUCCGGAAAAAACACUGUGUAUCUGCUGUGCUGAAUCAUUCAUGGCUUCAAAUGCGCGCGCAUGCAGUUCCACUGCUGCCACAUCGACAUGUGAGAGUUGGAACUAACCAUGUCGGGGUGGACAGCCACGAUAGCCUGCUGCCGUUUCUAGAGCACCACAUCCGGCGUCCUCCCCGGCGGCGCGUGCGAACCUGCCGCGGCAACUCGUGAGAGACAGGCACGUGCUCGAGGCCCGUGCCGAGCUGCUGUGCGUCGACGUCCGGGACAUAUACAGAACCGUGCCUGCGCCAGGCAGCGGCGCGCCGGCGGCUUCGGUGUCCGUCCACGCGCUGGAAGUGGGCGACGCCGCCGGCGGGAGGACUCAUCGGUGGGUUGAGCGCGAACGCGUCAUCGGCGGCAAUGUCUGCUUCUUCCUCGACUGUGAUGGGUUUCGGUGACAGUCCUCAGCACACGCUGAAGCGCCAGCCGGGCGUUGAACGCAUCCAUCUGAGCGAGUAGUUCCACCAGCACACGCUAGUGCGGCUCGCGGUCGGUGCCCGUGCCGGCGGCCUGGCGCGCCGAACCGCGGUGCCGCGACAGCGUCCUCCUGUCCACGACGAAGCCGAGCGACGGCGCCGCCUUCUCCCUGGUGCUUGGGAACACGUAUAGCACCGCCUUGCGCCCAGGAUAGCUGGCGGUGGAGGUCAGGACGUCGUGGCUGGCGUCGAUGGCGCCGGCCGGCCUGAGCCUGGGCGGGACGGUAUUUCAUUUCACUACUACAGAACAGGGAUAUAGUAACAUCACCUUGUGUUACUAUAGGUCAACAAAGGUGUUACUAGCUCUCCUUGUAACCCAUCUUGUUAGUGUUCCUAUUUCUGAUGUUACUACAAUCUAACCUAUUGGAACACCAAACAUGUGUUCUUUUAUAUCUAAAAAAAUGUUCCUACUUUGUAACACAAUUUCCGGUCUGAUGGAACACUUAUCAAGUGUUAUAA